AUGGCGCGAGCUCAAGCAGAACUCGGUGGAACAAGCAAUGAGCGGUCAUCACGGAAUUUCGCCAAAGGCAAAAGCAAAGGCAAAGGCAAAGGCAAAGGCAAAGGCAAAGGCAAAGGCAAAGGCAAAGGCAAAGGCAAAGGCAAAGGCAAAGGCAAAGGCAAAGGCAAAGGCAAAGGCAAAGGCAAAGGCAAAGGCAAAGGCAAAGGCAAAGGCAAAGGCAAAGGCAAAGGCAAAGGCAAAGGCAAAGGCAAAGGCACAGGCAAAGGCAAAGGCAAAGGCAAAGGCAAAGGCAAAGGCAAAGGCAAAGGCAAAGGCAAAGGCAAAGGCAAAGGCAAAGGCAAAGGCAAAGGCAAAGGCAAAGGCAAAGGCAAAGGCAAAGGCAAAGGCAAAGGCAAAGGCAAAGGCAAAGGCAAAGGCAAAGGCAAAGGCAAAGGCAAAGGCAAAGGCAAAGGCGAGGACAAAGGCAAAGGCAAAGGCAAAGGCAAAGGCAAAGGCAAAGGCAAAGGCAAAGGCAAAGGCAAAGGCAAAGGCAAAGGCAAAGGCAAAGGCAAAGGCAAAGGCAAAGGCAAAGGCAAAGGCAAAGGCAAAGGCAAAGGCAAAGGCAAAGGCAAAGGCAAAGGCAAAGGUUUCCACAACGAAUGUUUAUGUUAUUACAACUUGACAACGCCCUGCACAGUAUAA